AUGCCCGUCUCGGAAAGCGCGCGGCGGACGCUGUACGACAAGGUGCUCUCGCACCACAUCGUCGACGAGAAGCUCGACGGCACCAUUCUGCUCUACAUUGACAGACACCUUGUUCAUGAGGUGACAUCACCGCAAGCUUUCGAGGGCCUCAAGAAGGCCGGCCGCAAGGUCAGGAGACCGGACUGUACCCUCGCGACGACUGAUCACAAUGUGCCGACGUCGUCGCGAAAGGCCCUCAAGGACAUUGCCUCCUUCAUCGAGGAGGACGAUUCCCGCACCCAGUGCGUGACGCUCGAGGAGAACGUCAAGGACUUUGGCCUCGCCUACUUUGGCCUCGGCGACAAGCGACAGGGCAUCGUCCACGUCAUCGGCCCCGAGCAGGGGUUCACCCUCCCCGGCACGACGGUGGUCUGCGGCGAUAGCCACACGUCGACGCACGGCGCCUUUGGCGCCCUGGCCUUCGGCAUCGGCACCAGCGAGGUCGAGCACGUGCUCGCGACGCAGUGCCUCAUCACCAAGCGCAGCAAGAACAUGCGCAUCCAGGUCGACGGCGAGCUGGCCCCCGGCGUCAGCUCCAAGGACGUCGUCCUCCACGCCAUCGGCAAGAUCGGCACCGCCGGAGGCACCGGCGCCGUCAUCGAGUUCUGCGGCUCCGUCAUCCGCAACCUGAGCAUGGAGGCCCGCAUGUCCAUCUGCAACAUGGCCAUCGAGGGCGGCGCCCGUGCCGGCAUGGUGGCCCCGGACGACAUCACGUUCGAGUACCUCAAGGGCCGUCCACUGGCCCCCAAGCACGGCUCGGACGAGUGGAACGCCGCCGUCGCCUUCUGGAGGUCCCUGCAGUCGGAUGCCGACGCCAAGUUCGACGUGGACGUGUUCAUCGACGGCGCCGACAUCGUCCCGACGGUGACGUGGGGCACGAGCCCCGAGGACGUCGUGGCCGUCACCGGCGUCGUCCCGGACCCCGAGACGUUCGCCACGGAGGCCAAGAAGGUGGCUGGCCGCCGGAUGCUCGAGUACAUGGGCCUCACGGCCGGCACGCCCAUGGAGGACAUCGUCGUCGACAAGGUCUUCAUCGGCUCCUGCACGAACUCGAGAAUCGAGGACCUGCGGGCCGCCGCCCACGUCGUCAAGGGCAGGAAGAUUGCCGCCAACAUCAUGCGCGCCAUGGUGGUGCCCGGCUCCGGUCUGGUCAAGGCCCAGGCCGAGGACGAGGGCAUCGAUCAAAUCUUUCUCGACGCCGGCUUCGAGUGGCGAGAGGCCGGCUGCAGCAUGUGCCUCGGCAUGAACCCCGACAUCCUCUCGCCCAAGGAGCGGUGCGCGAGCACGUCGAACCGAAACUUUGAGGGCCGCCAGGGUGCCCAGAGCCGGACGCACCUCAUGUCGCCCGUCAUGGCCGCCGCCGCCGCCCUCGUUGGCAAGCUCGCCGACGUCCGCAAGCUCGCCGACUACCAGACCAGCCCCCACGUGCAGGCUCGCGUGGCGCCCGCGACGAAGCCUCUGCCCGUCGCCAACGGCGUCGCCAACGACGCGCACGAGCGAGAGGUGAUUGCCGACCAGCCCGAGGACGUGGAACCCCACACCAACACGUCGGUGCCCAACGGCGCCUCGUCGGCCGGCCUGCCCAAGUUCCUCACCCUCAAGGGCGUCGUGGUGCCGCUCGAGAUGGCCAACGUCGACACGGACGCCAUCAUCCCCAAGCAGUUCCUCAAGACCAUCAAGCGGACGGGCCUCGGCACCGCCCUCUUCCACGCGCUCCGGUACGAGCCGGACGGGUCGGAGAACCCCGGCUUCGUCCUCAACCGGGAGCCGUACCGGCAGUCGAAGAUCCUCGUCUGCACCGGCGCCAACUUUGGCUGCGGCAGCUCGCGGGAGCACGCGCCGUGGGCCCUCCUCGACUUCGGCAUCAAGUGCGUCAUCGCGCCGUCGUUUGCCGACAUCUUCUUCAACAACACGUUCAAGAAUGGCAUGCUGCCGAUCCGCAUCGAGAAUGCGGCGGACCUCGAGGCCAUCGCCGGCGAGGCCCGGGCCGGCCGCGAGAUCGAGAUCGACCUUCCGAGCCAGGUGAUCAGGAACGCUGCCGGCGACAGCAUCUGCCGCUUCGACGUCGAGGAGUUCCGCAAGCAGUGCCUCGUGGAUGGGCUCGACGACAUCGGCCUUACGAUGCAGCUGGAGGGCAAGAUCACGGCCUUUGAGAAGGCCAUGACGGCGAAGACGCCCUGGCUCGACGGUUCCGGCUACCUGAAGAGCGUCGGCGGCCGGCUGGCGGUCCAGGCGGUGCCUGUGCCGACGACGAACCGCGGCGAGGAGAAGAAGGAGCCGCUAGACUGGUAA